GCCAUAAGUGACAGAAAACAACAGAGGAACGUUGUGUGCCUGAACUGCAGCCAUGAGGACAGACAACCGACUGUAAAGAACCGAUGCAAGUUUAUCAUCAGCUCUGCGUCCAAAAUAAGUUACAACAUAAGGGUUGGACUUGCUGAUUAGGAGAAGAAGACUUCUGAAUAGAAGGGCUCCAGUGGUACUCAUCAAGGAGAUAAAUCACAUCAAUGAAGACGCCUGGCAUGGCGGUAUUCAAGCAACAGAAUGUGGACGAUUUCUAUGAAAUUGGGGAAGAACUAGGAAGUGGGCAGUUUGCAAUUGUCAAACGCUGCAUAGAGAAGAGCACAGGCGUCGAAUAUGCAGCCAAGUUCAUCAAGAAGCGUCAGAGUCGGGCCAGCAGACGUGGCAUUAAAAGAGAGGAGAUUGAGAGGGAAGUGGACAUCCUGCAGCAGCUCCAGCACAACAACAUCGUAUCUCUACAUGACGUGUAUGAGAACCGCACAGAUGUGGUGCUCAUCCUCGGACUGGUGUCUGGAGGAGAGCUGUUUGAUUUUUUGGCUCAGAAGGAAUCUCUCAGUGAAGAGGAGGCCACUCAGUUUAUCAAACAGAUCCUAGAUGGAGUCCAGUACCUCCACUCCAAGAGGAUUGUGCAUUUUGAUCUAAAGCCUGAAAACAUAAUGCUGCUGGACAGGAACCUUCGUCUACCUCGCAUCAAAAUUAUAGACUUUGGACUGGCACACAAAAUAGAAGCAGGGGCAGAUUUCAAAAACAUUUUUGGAACCCCUGAAUUUGUUGCUCCAGAGAUAGUCAACUAUGAGCAACUGGGAUUGGAGGCAGACAUGUGGAGCAUCGGAGUCAUCACAUAUAUACUUUUGAGCGGCGCGUCUCCUUUUCUCGGUGACACGAAGCAGGAAACACUGGGAAACAUCUCGGCGAUGGACUACGAGUUUGACGAAGAGCUGUUCAGCAAUACAAGCGAGCUGGCCAAGAGCUUCAUCAGUCAGCUCCUGGUGAAGGACACGAGAAAACGGAUGACCAUACAAGAGGCCCUCAACCAUCACUGGAUUAAGCCGAAGGAUACCAGGCAGGCCAUGGUGAAGAGGUUGUCUGUGGUCAACUUGCAGAACUUUAAGAGACAGUAUGCCAGACGCAGGUGGAAGCUGUCAUUCAGAAUUGUGGCUCUGUGCAACCACUUAACACGGAUCAUGAAGAAAGGCAACAAGCUGCCUGAGCAGGAAGGGAGGGAUUGUGAUAGUGACCAAGAGGAAGACAUCCCGAAGAGGAGACCAAGGGGCAGAAAGAGAAGCAGCACUUCCUGAGAGCAACAAGGGCAUCAUUUGACAUGUUCCUGUUGCAAAACAGUUAAUCUGCAACUUUUGGAAACACACUGUGCAGCUGUAACUUGUCAUAAGAAUAAUGAUACAUUAUUUGUUUGAGUUGUAUCGAUCCAGACAACUUGCUUGUCUUAGUGAAACACAAAACCAGCAUAUCAUGUGUGUUGAUAGCAAUACAUUUCUAAAUUCAAGCUAUCUUUUUUUGUCCUUGUUGACAGGAACUGAGAGGCCAACAUUAGCACGUCCUCAAGAAUGUAGGCAGCUUCUCAUAACUGUGGUCUUAAAAGUCUCUCAGCUGUUGUCUAACAUCCGAGUAUUGACAGAUUUAGAUAUUGUUGUUGUGCGGUCUGCAUGUGUGGAUGUAAAAUAAUGUGUGCAAAUAUGGUAAACAAGUGUUCACAUGUUGUGCUUAACACACAGCAAUGUCUCUGUUAAGAGACUGUUUUUAUUAACAUUUUCAUUUGUCAUAUCACAAUAAUGGGCCUGUACACUAUACAGUGUUAUCUGUUUACUGUAAUAAAUAUAGAUUAUUUUUAAAUUACUGUCAAAUACUUGUCACCAGUGGGGCGUAUUUAUCUUGUAAAUAUAAAUACAAAUCGGAAGUUAAUGUCUUAAUUUCACUGUUAUUUGAACUUUAGCUCAGUAAAAGAAGCAACAAUGUAUUAAACAGGUCCUUUUUAGUUAACUUGUAUGUACUGUAUGUAUUGUAAAUUCAAAUUUUGUUAAUACAUUUAUGAAUAUGACUUUUUGUGAGUUCAAUAAACUGAAAA